AUGGUCCAAGCCUCUGUCUCGUUAAAGGUCGGACCCGUGUUAACUGCAGCGGUUGAUAGCUCGAUCUCGGUCGCUGGCAGUGGCCCCGUGGGACGACUUGGAGGACUCAUCCCACCAGGAGGCAAUGCCUCGUUGGCUUCAAAAGCCAAGAAACCAACUGUGAAAUUUGCAGCAAGCGCACCCGCUCAAUCGGAAUCUACCCCAUUCUCCAAGGUGCAUCAACAACGACAGGCGGCCACUCCUUCUACUGAGUCCACCAAGCCAAAAUCACCCGAUUAUGUCCUUUGUGAAGGCAGCUGUGAGAUGAAGCCUACUCAAGGCACCCAAACGUUCGAAGCAACGUUCGCCAUGAAGAUUGACUCGGCUUCGAACCACGCCCUGCUCAUUAUCACCACUCCCGGCAAGGAGGAACGGGUGCAUAAUGUGAUGGACCUCCAGGCCCCAACCAUGCACAACGGUUUCUGUCGUAUAGAAAGCUAUGCUGGCAAAAGUAACGCCAGCUAUACGCUGAAACUAAAGGAUUCUACCUGGACUGGGAAGUUCAAGUUUUACCUGGAAAGUCUACGAACGGCAGCCAUUAGGCAGCAGGCAUGUACUGGCGACGAAGCAAAACCGACUGCGGCCCAGAUGAGGGCUGCUUCUUGCUUGUCCAAGGCAGCCGAUGUUGCUUUGAUCGGUCCCGCAACGAUCUCUCCCACCACUCCUGGCGCAACGAACAGUGACCAGCCGGUAGAGGGAAAGCCUUCCAAAUUCGACAAUGUGGAUGCGGCUGAUCCGUUGAGCACAAUGGAGGAGGCAGUCGAACCAGCACUGAAUAGCAACCUGCUGGCGCGGGUGCAGUCUUCCAAUUUCGUCGUUUUGGACACGGCCAAUCCGUUUGGCAAGAUGGAGGAGGCGGUUGAACCCGCAUCGAAUAAGAACCGGCCAGCGGAGGCGCAGGCUUCCAACCUCGUCGAUGUAGAUACGGCCAUUCCGUUCGGCGCGAUGGAGGAGGCGGUUGAACCCGCACCGAAUGGCAACAACCCAGCGGAGCUGCAGACUCCAAACCUUGUCGAUAUUGAUACUGGAAAUUCUAUCAACACGGUGGAGGAGGCAGCGGAACAGCUACAUGCCCUUGUACAUAACGUAAUGGCUGAACUGAAAGGGCGUGGGCUGCGUCUCUCGGAAGAAGCGAUUGACGAUGUCGAGGAGACGGCCCUCGACGUCUGGUUUAACAGAAACCUUUUCGAUUCUCAUGCUGACGACAUCAAAAGCGACAUGUUGGGCCUUUUGAAAGGAUUUUCCCAACUCAAACGUCAAGCUGAUCGCAUGAAGAAAAAGAUCCAAACCCGGCGAGCAAACAUCGGCCUCGCCGAAAGCCCCUCACUACAGAGCUUGAAGGACUUGAAGAUAGGCGCCGGCCCAAGAAGCCGAAUCCAGUACACCACUGCGGAGAUCGAAGAGUUAUCCGACAAAGCGAUAUCGCGUCCAGUAGAUCUGGAUUGGGCCGAGUUCCUCCCGAUGGUCGGUGAGAAAAGGAGCGGAAGGAAUGCGAAGUCUGCCACGGCCGAAGUCCAGCUGCAGCCGAUCAGCAACAUGGGCACUUUGAUCGACAUCAAUUUCAAUCCCACCAUGCCUGCGACUAGUAGCAACGGACCAGAAAUUUUGUUCAAAGAUUCGAUCAGUUCCAAAUCUGCCGUCAAUUCGCAGCCAACUGCCGUUGCAACCACGCCGCUGCCUAGCGACACCGAGAAAAAAAUGGCAUGUUCGGGGCCCGCGAAGGACGAGACAAAAGACACCAUGACCACGCGACAAUGGGGGCAGCAGAAAAGGCCUCCAUGUGAACGUAUGGCCGCGUACCAUCACGGGGGCCAAGGAGCAGCACUGUCGUCGAAAAGCCAUCCAAUUGCAGCGGCCAAUGUGCAGUCAAACACCGCCUCGAGCAAGCCAAGAACCUCCGAGCCAAUCUUGACGGGACUUUUAUCCUCGCUCUGGGCUAACUAA